GUAUGUGAAACGUGUUUCGAAGCGCUUGUGCUACCCGAUGUAACAUAGCAGCUAGCAGCAGCUUCAUAUAACGCUAGACGGCACAGAGGUAGUUAGCAGGUUAGCCGUGUAGCUUAUCAUGGUGAAUGUAAAGAAGCGGAAAGGUCGAGUCGUGAUUGACUCUGACUCCGAAGACAGUGCUAGCGACGAUAAUUUAGAUCAGGAGCUUUUGUCUUUGGCAAAGAGGAAGAGGGUUGAUUCAGGUGAGCAGGACGAGCCAGUUACUAAGCCUGCAGCUUCUACAGAUUCUGAAACAUCUGACAGUGAUGAUGAGUGGACUGUCGGUGGUACUAAAGGCAAAAAGAAGGUUAAGCAAGGGAAAGGUUCUGACAAGAAGAAUGCUACAAAGAAGAAGGUUAACAAAGCCUCCGGCAGUUCAGAUGGAGCUAGCUCAGCUGAGAGCUCUGCACCAGAAGAGGGUGAGGUGUCUGAUUCAGAGAGCAACAGUUCAUCUUCCAGCUCAGACUCUGACUCCUCUGAGGACGAAGUUUUCCGAGAUGGCUAUGAUGAUGACUUGAUGGGAGAUGCAGAAGACAGAGCUCGGCUGGAACAGAUGACAGAGAAAGAGCGAGAGCAAGAGCUGUUCAACAGAAUUGAAAAGAGAGAGGUGCUAAAGAGACGGUUUGAAAUUAAAAAGAAGUUGAAGACGGCAAAGAAGAAGGAGAAAGAAGAGAAGAAAAAGAAGCAGGAAGAAGAACAAGAAAAGAGAAAGCAAUCUCAGGUUCAAGACACACAAGUGGUCAUGUCACAUAACAAGGAGAGACGAUCGAAACGUGACGAAAAACUUGACAAAAAGUCUCAGGCCAUGGAAGAACUGAAAGCAGAACGUGAGAAGAAGAAAAACAAAACAGCUGAGCUGCUGGCUAAACGUCAGCCCUUGAAGACAAGUGAGGUUUACUCUGACGAUGAAGAGGAAGAGGAGGAAGAUGACGACAAGUCAUCAGUCAAAAGUGAUCGGAGUUCACGCUCCUCAUCUUUUGAUGACGAUGAAAAAGAAGAGACCCCGCCCAAAUCACAACCUGUUUCUCUACCAGAUGAGCUGAAUCGGAUCCGACUUUCCAGACACAAGUUGGAGCGCUGGUGCCACAUGCCUUUCUUUGCUAAGACUGUGACUGGCUGCUUUGUGAGGAUAGGAAUUGGAAACAGCAGCAGUAAACCCGUUUAUAGGGUUGCUGAAAUUGUCGACGUGGUCGAGACAGCAAAGGUUUACCAACUAGGUUCAACACGAACAAAUAAAGGUUUACAAUUAAGGCAUGGUGGGGACACACGUGUUUUCAGGCUUGAAUUUGUUUCGAAUCAGGAGUUCACAGAAAGCGAGUUCAUGAAGUGGAAAGAUGCAAUGGUCGUUGCUGGGAUGCAAGUCCCAACACUUGAUGAAAUCACCAAAAAGGAACAGUCCAUCAAAGAAGCUCUGAACUAUAAGUUCAAUGACAAAGACAUAGAGGAUAUUGUGAAAGAGAAGGACAGAUUCAGAAAAGCACCACCAAAUUAUGCCAUGAAGAAAACACAAUUGCUGAAAGAUAAGGCCAUGGCAGAGGAGAGUGGAGAUGGCGAGCGAGUGAAAGUGAUCCAGGAUGAGCUGAACGAGCUUGAGGAGAGGGCAGAAGCACUUGACAGACAGAGGACCAAGAACAUCUCUGCCAUCAGCUACAUUAAUCAGAGGAACAGAAGCUGGAAUAUUGUCGAAUCUGAGAAAGCACUUGUGGCUGAAGGACAGAAUGCCAAAAACCAACAAAUGGACCCUUUCACACGAAGACAGUGCAAACCCACGAUGGUGUCGAAUGCCAGAGACCCAUCAGUCCAUGCAGCGAUACUGGCUCACCUGAACCAGAAGUAUGGCUCUGGGUCAGGAGGAGAUCUCUCUGUGGCAGAAAAGAACAAACUGGGUCAGUCGGCCCCGAAAGAUAAGGACAUCCCCAAGCCAACCACUGAUCUCUCAGAAGACUUAUUUAAAGUUCAUGAUUUUGAUGUCAAGAUUGACUUGCAAGUUCCCAAUGCAGAAGCAAAAUCUCUGUCCGUGAGCUCCAAUUCUCUGCCAGUAAAGGAUGGCGCGCCUCGCAGGUCCCUUAACCUGGAGGACUACAAGAAGAGGAGGGGACUAAUCUGAUGUGGCCGACUCCUUAUACAGAGCCCACAUUGCAUGUGUAACUGUGCAAGAGAGACUUGGGGUGUGUGUGUGCGUGCGUGUGCGCGUGUGCACACGCCUGAAUGAGUGAGUGUGAGAAUGAGUCCUAUUAGACUGAAUCCUGGAGAAUGUUUGUUGAAUGUUGAUACAACAGACUGUUCAUCCAAACACAUAGGAAAUACUGAUAGCGCUGAGACAUAUUUUUUCCACAAAGGAUCUCUCUUGGAAAUAAGUUUUCCUUUUUUUUUUUUUAACACAGAAACUCAUAUAUUGAGUUAUGUGUGCUCUUUUUUUUUUCUUUUUUAUCAUCUAUUUAAUGGCCCUCCCCUCUUGGAGCUUUUGGAGGUUCCGCUGUAUGACCUUUUUGAGAGGACAUUACAUGAGUAUGACCCUGAACAAGGACACUAUCCCAGAAGACCGAUUAUUGAUGGGUUUGAAGGUUUCCAACUGGACACCUAUGGGAGACCUCCAGUUUUUCCUCGUAAAUAAUGAAUUGCUGUAGUAAGUUAUUUUUUUUUCCUCUCAGAUGUGUAUGUCCACACUGCAGUCAGUCCUGGUUUUUAACAGCUUUGUGGUCUGUUGCAAAGCUGCAGCUGAUCACCAUCUGACAUUCAACUGUAAAACUGGCCUUCCCAUGGAAAAUAUGAAAGGAAAUCUAGAAACUGGGCAUAAAAGGUCCAAUGUAUGUCAAAUUAACAUUUGUCAGUUUUUAAGUCUUGGGGGGAGGGGACACAUUUGAGUGAAAACAUUUUCUAAUGAUGUUCUAAAAGUGUUGCUUCCUUUCUGUUGUCUUUUGAUUGGUUAUUGAUAGAUUAAUGUUGCACUCCUUACUCCAGAGCAGAUUCUAUGUGCUCUCAGUUGUGUCCAUAGUCGGUUUCCUGUGUUGAUGUGGCAUGCCAUGUAAAUACGCAUUUUUGAGUGAGUGCGGGAAAAAAAUAAAAGGGCACUGUUUCAUAAAUUU